AUGGCCACCCCCAGUGUCCUGUCUUUUGACGCUGAGGGUCGCGCCAUUGACUUUCCAGUCUGGAUUGAGGACCUGCAGCUGUACUUACUGUGCGAUGCGAUCGAUGAGGUUUUUCUCUUUGACUUUGUCUCUGGAGCUGUCCCUGCCCCUCCUGCUGAUGCUGACCCUACUUGCAAGACCGCUCAGGCCUUGUACGACGCUGUAGUUACACGCUACUCCUCCCCUUCCUCCGCUACGCUGAGCCGCCUCAUGCUACCGUUUCUCUUCCUUGACCUCGCUGCCUUUCCCACUGUCGCUGACCUCGUUACCCACCUCCGCGCUAGUGACGCUCGCUACCGCGCUGCCCUUCCUGCUGAGUUCUGCGCCGCAAACCCUCCUCCCAUGUACAUCACUCUUUACUUUCUCGUCACCCGUCUCCCUGAGUCCCUUCGUGUCGUUAGGGACCAGUUUCUCUCUGUCUGUCCCACCACCCUCACUGUCGACCUCCUUGAGGAGUCCCUGCUAGCGGCUGAGAAGAGCAUCGUCGCUGUAGGGGCCUCUCGGGGUGACCCUUGCACCCCCAUCUUUGAGGGGUGUUCUCCUUCCCCCCUGCUGCCCUCUGUCGCCUCUGCCGCUGCGGCCGACCUCGCUGGUUUUGAGUCGGUCGGUGCGGCGUCUGCCCCCAGCGGUAGACGCCGCUCUGGCAAGGGCAAAGGGGGCAAGGGAGCGGGUGGAGCUAGAGGGGGCAGUGGCGGAGGAGGUGGGGGUGGCGGAGGGAGUGGGGGUGGCGGUGGAGGUGGUGGCGGGAGUGGAGGUACUGGUGGAGGCGGUGGAGGCGGAGGUGGCGGCGGAGGCGGUGGCGGAGGAGGCGGGGGCGAGGGCACCGGUGGGGGCGGUGGCGGUGGAGACGGGGGUGGCGUUGGAGGCGGGAGUGGCGGUGGCGGCGGAGGUCGGAGUGGCUCGUCCCAGCGGAGCAGCUCUGGGGGUGGCCAGCGCCAGCAGCAGCAGCAGCAGCAGCAGCAGCGCUCUCGCACCGUCCCCGCCCCUUAG